GGCGGGGCCGGGGGGGCGGGAGCUAUGCCGCCGGUGCGGGUGCUGGUGGACAUGGACGGGGUCCUCGCCGACUUUGAGGCCUCCUUCCUCAGGCUCUACCGCUCCCGCCACCCGCAGCUGCCCUACGUGGCGCUGGACGAGCGCCGAGGCUUCUCGGUGGAGGCCCAGUACCGGCAGCUCGACCCCGGCCUCGCGGCGGAUUUUGUAAGGAACAUUUAUGGGAGUCCCAAUUUCUUUUUGGAUUUGGUGCCAAUACCUGGAGCAGUGGAGGCCAUGCAGGAGAUGUUCAGCCUGAACGAAACAGAAGUCUUCAUCUGCACCAGUCCUAUCCUGAAGUAUGAAUAUUGUGUCAAAGAGAAGUACGCUUGGGUCGAGAAACAUCUGGGCCCCCAGUUUGUGCAGCGUUUGGUGAUGAGCCGGGACAAGACCAUAGUGUCAGCCGACCUCCUCAUUGACGACAAGGUGGAUAUCAAAGGAGUGGAGCCAAACCCCAGCUGGGAGCACAUUGUGUUCACCUGCUGGCACAACCGGCACACUGAGCUCGAGCCACAUCGCAGGAGACUGGAAUCCUGGUCAGACGACUGGAAAGCCAUCAUAGACGGCAAACGCAGGGAGUGACAGCACAUCGGACGGGAAGCUGCCACCCGGCUUUACUAACGCGAGCACUGGUUCCUUCACUCAGGAAGGCGCUCUGGGACGCUACCCUGCGUGAGGGGCGCUAUUUAAAUGCAAGUUAUUGUUGUUGUUGACAGCUUGUGGGCGAUUUAAUGAGCGAAACAUACUGUGAAACUGUUACUGUGAGAAAAUACAAAGGAUCAGAAGUCAGAAUGAAAUCACUGUAAAAAAAAAGUCCUGUUUAAUUGAAGUGAAACAUUUUAUUUGACUGUAUAGUCUCGUCUCUUUUUCCCAUUAAAUCUCUGAAGUUUUAUUUUAAAA